CCCACAGGGAGAAGGGGGAGAAAUCUCCCCGAAGCCCUCUUCGCCCCGCUGCCUCCUUUCCUCUGCCCGGCUCCGCGGGCAGUGCUGGAGGGGGGCGUCGGCCGGUGGCGCAGCCGCCCGCGGCUGUUGUCCCCUCAGGCUCGGGCUUGGCAGUGCCCGGGGUGGGUGAGAUGUCGGACUGAGCCGGUGUUCGUGACUUCAGGCUCAUUUAAGCAUUUAGUUCUCAGGAAGUAGAGACACAAGAGCCUUGCUGGACUGACUAUUUUACAUUGAAAAGUACAGCUUUACACUAGUAUUUUUUCUCUCUUUCCCAUCCCUCCUCUCCAGUAGGAGAGGACAAUUUCAGAGUUAUAUUAGCACUCAUCUACUCCCCCUUUCCUCUUCUCCACCCUCAGAAAUCUACUGUGGUCCCUGAGGCAUUAGCUAGAUAUUGCCCAUAUAGUACCAGAAGAAGCUGUCCUCAUCACCUCUUCCUUGUUUUGGGAUCUUCAGUAGUACGUUUCCAUCUUUUGGAUUGCAGUGCAGGGAGGUGUCCAGAAGACUUCAUUGCCACCUUCUUUGGGUAGUAGGAGAUCUAGGAAAAGGGGUACAUAACAAGGCACGUGACCUCACGGAGGGAGUCAGAAUUGAAGCAGCACUUACUUGGCACACUAAAAGAAGCACCCAUCUUUGGCAUCUCUUUAUCUUCCAGUCCUUCCUCACCAAAUUUCUGAAGUUCCACUGAAAGGAAACGUCGAAGGUUGGAAGACAAGUCCAAGAUGUGCAGUUCAGUUGCUCCCAGGCUGUGGUUCUUAACAGACCGUCGCAUCAGAGAAGAUUACCCUCAGCAGGAGAUCAUGAGAGCAUUGAAGGCCAAAUGCUGUGAAGAGGAGCUAGAUUUUCGGGCCUUGGUGAUGGAUGAAGUAGUGCUGACCAUUGAGGAUGGAAAUCUUGGUCUCCGCGUGAAUGGGGAGCUCAUUACUGCUUACCCACAGGUAGUGGUUGUGCGUGUACCAACACCUUGGGUCCAGAGUGACAGCGAUAUCACAGUCCUUCGCCAUCUAGAGAAGAUGGGCUGUCGAUUGAUGAAUCGUCCCCAAGCCAUCCUCAACUGUGUCAACAAGUUCUGGACUUUCCAAGAACUUGCCGGUCACGGUGUGCCUCUUCCAGACACCUUUUCAUAUGGUGGUCAUGAGAAUUUUGCCAAAAUGAUUGAUGAGGCGGAAGUGCUGGAGUUUCCUAUGGUGGUGAAGAACACACGAGGUCACCGAGGCAAAGCUGUGUUCCUCGCACGCGACAAGCACCAUUUGGCAGACCUGAGCCAUUUGAUCCGUCAUGAUGCCCCUUACUUAUUUCAAAAAUAUGUUAAAGAGUCCCAUGGCAAGGAUGUACGUGUUAUCGUAGUAGGAGGCCGUGUGGUGGGCACCAUGCUCCGCUGCUCAACAGAUGGGAGGAUGCAGAGUAACUGCUCACUUGGUGGUGUAGGUAUGAUGUGCUCACUGAGUGAACAAGGCAAGCAAUUGGCAGUCCAGGUGUCAAACAUCCUGGGGAUGGACGUGUGUGGCAUUGACCUACUGAUGAAGGACGACGGUUCAUUCUACGUCUGCGAGGCCAAUGCAAAUGUAGGUUUCAUUGCCUUUGACAAGGCUUGUAAUCUAGAUGUAGCUGGUAUCAUAGCGGACUAUGCCGCUUCUCUACUUACCCCCGGUCGCUUGACGCGGCGCAUGUCCUUGCUCUCUGUGGUGUCCACGGCAAGCGAGACUAGCGAGCCAGAGCUGGGCCCUCCAGCUAGUGCCGCUGUCGACAAUAUGAGUGCUAGCUCCAGCUCUGUCGACAGCGACCCUGAGACCACGGAGAGAGAGUUGCUCACCAAGCUCCCGGGGGCUCUAUUUAACAUGAACCAGCUAUUAGCCAAUGAGAUCAAACUUCUUGUGGAGUGAUGCCACAUGUAAAUACAUAACCAACAAAACUCUCUUGUAAAUCUUUUUUAAAAAUUUCUUUUAUUUUUAUUUUUUAACCAACUUGCAAUGCUGUUUAUCAGGGAAGCUUAGAGAAAUGGGGGGGAGUUCAAUCAAAGGAGCAAGAUAAAAAGGCAUGUAUUCUGUGAUUACCCCUACUUUUUCGUCUUGCUUAAAAUUGUUUCAAUUCUUCAGCAUCAAUUUUCUAAUCGAAGAUGCUCAGUUCACAGCCUGAAUGGAAAUUUUAUUUGGAUGCUGCUUUGGUCCCCAAACUUAUUGCAGUGCAUGUGCAUUCACAAGAAAGCAUUGAAGUAUGAUUCACGCUUAAAAUUUUUGGAAAGCUGUCUGGCAGCUCUCUAGAAAAUUUUGUGAAUCAAUGCAGCAGUUAAGCCUCUUCUAUCUCUGUAAGGCUCUUAGUUGCUGAGUGCCUCUAAUUUCAGUGAGAGUUGAAAGUGUUUAAUAUCAGAUAUUUCAAAGUUCCUGGACACCUACUAUUCUCACUCUAGUAAGUAGGAGGGGUAAGUUCGGCAUCCUCUUAAAGUCAUCCCUUUCCAACUUUGUAGAAUAUGGCCCUUUAAAUGAUAAGGCAGAGAGAAUUGUCAGCUCACUGAACUUCAGUUUUCAGUACAGUUUAUAUCUGCUGCAGUCUUGGUAUCAAGUGGCAGCCUUGUGUCCAUAUUUUAUUUAUAAGGCUUUUGAAGAAGUAUUUUUAGUCUUUUUUUUUUCCUUCUUGUUUCAAAUCCUGACUUUGGAAGUUAUGUAGGGGAAUUGGUCGUAUUCUAUUUGUGGUGAAAGUGGCACGUUUCGACUAUUUUUUGCAUGAUUGGAGGAGAUAAACAGCACUGUAAUGUUUGGUGUACAAAAUAAUGUUUAAUCCAAUGUGAAAAAGAAUUACACUAGUUUAAAACAAACGUGCAUUGACUUGUAUUUGUUAGUGUUUUAGUCUUUUUGAGAGAGAUCUGCUAUGUUACUGUUCCUUUUUUUAAUACAUGCUAGUCCAACACUCCCUUCUCUAUGCCUGCAUCUUUAACAGUGGCCAAAGUGAAAACACUGCAGACUAUUUGGUAACGAAACACUGACUUAAAGCCUGUACAUCUUUUUGGUUGUUUUUUCUUUUUUCUUUUUUUUCUUUUUUUUUUUGCUUUUGGGAGGGAAAUGUGGUAGGGUGUGGAGGAGGGAAAAGUUGUUUGAAAGUGAUUAGACAUCUAGAGGUACUUUAGGUUAAAGCUGCAGUUCAUGCAAUACCAGUAUUGCUAGGUUUAUAUUUUCCCCAGUGAAAAUAUUUAAAAACUGAUGUUGGCAGAAAUCCAAAGAAUAUAUCCAGAGGAGAAAAACUCAGUUCUUAGCUUUGGGAAACAUGCAGCAGAUUUAAAAAAACAAAACAAAACAAAAACUCA